AGGGACAUAUUAAUUCUCAGGUUCAUGCCUGGCUGUCUGGUUUCCAUGGAGACGGACCUCUGAGCCCGACAGCCCCCACCCCCCACUUCUGCCCUUGGCCGGAGCUGCCUUCCUCCAGUCCUGGGUAUGUGGGGACCCCUCAUCUGGCGCUGAGAUGCAGCCACCUCUGCGGUGGGGUGAGGGGGGAGCUGGUUAAAUGGGAACCCCUCGUCCGGCACUGAAAUGCAGCCACCUCUGGGGUGGGGCAGCAGGCUGGUUAUACAGGGACCCCUCGCUGGGACCCAGCCACCUAUGGGGUGGGCGUGGCCGGAUCAUAGCCCUGCCCCCUCCCUUGUGAUGUCCCAGCGGGUUCCGUGCUCCCGGCGCUGGGCGAUGCCCGUGGCCUCCCAGCUCCUGCUGCCCCUUUGCCUCGGCCUUCUUCUGGCCCCCCGGGCAGCCGGCUGCCUCGACUGCUUCUCCACCCCCCAGCAGCGCCUGCGCGUCUGCCAGAUCUUCCUGGGUCACACCAGUUCCCGGCACGUGGCCUGCCUGGGCGCCCUGCGGGCCGCCUUCCAGCCCCAUGCCCAGCUGGUGGUGGCUCCAUCAUCUCCUCCAUCCAUCCCUCUGCCAUCUCUCCAUCCUUGGCCCCCCGUGGGAUGGACCCCAGAGCAGAACCUGUCCCCUCACCCACCCCCCUUGCCCUUCCCAGGUGUGGCGGAGAUGGAGAAGCUGAAGGACGUCUUCUCCAAUGUCAUCUUCUCUCUGGAGCAGAAGGGCAUGGCCAAGGUUCCCUACCAGUUGGCCGUGCCGGAGGCUGUGGCGCAAAUCCAGCCGGAGCUGGCUCAGCUGAAACCAGCUCCUGCCUGCGUCCCGCCCUGCGGGUACCAGAAAGAUGCCCAGGUCUACAAAUGCACCUCAUGCAGCCUAGUGGACUGUCAGCUCCCCCUGGACUGUCCAGUGGAGGAUGUCUGGAAGAACGAGGGGGAGAGGACGGCUCUGACAUGCAGGGUCCCGUUCCAGACCCCCUCUGACGUGCAGCAUAGCUGGAAGUUUGCCAGGGACCUCCGGACCCAGGAUCUCUCCCUCUUCCGGGACCUGCACCUGGGUGCUGGCUCCUCCCUCAUCCUUCGUCCCACGUGGGGCUCGCACCGUGGCACCUAUGCCUGCCAGCUAGCCCAGCAGGAUGAUGUGCUAGCCCGGAAAUACUUCUACCUCAAUGUGACUGCCAGCAGCCAGGGGGCAGAGACGGAGCUGCAGGACAUGUUCCAAACCAUCCUGCGGUCCCCAGUGGGGCGCAGGGCCGAGGGCCGGCUCCCCGGACUCUCGGAGCUGCUGGCAGAGCCUGACUCGCUGCACAAGAGGACCGUGGUGCUGCUGAUGGUGGGGCUGGCGCUGAGCGCCCUGCUGGGCACCCUGCUGCUGGGGACGAGCCCUGCCCGCGCCAUGAGAGAGGAGGUGGAGACGGGCGCCCGGUUCCUGUCACGCCUGGUGAACCGGCAUGGCCGGCUGGACAAGGGGCUCAUGGAGCAGUUCAGGGAGCGCCUGGCCACCAUCCUGCAGGAGAGGUACUGCCAGCACUGGUACCCCGAGAACCCUGCCAAGGGGCAGGCCUACAGGUGUAUCCGCAUCAACCGGAGGCAGCGGGUGGAUGAGUCGCUGCUCCGAGCCUGCAUGGGCUGUGGGCUGGAGUACUCGGAGCUGGCACUGCCGCGGGAGCUCUCGCUCUGGAUCGACCCGGGGGAGGUCUGCUGUAGAUUCGGGGAGAACAGCCAGUACUUCAUGGUGAGCCCCUCGGAAGGGGGUGGCAGCAAAGGGACCCCGGAGCCCGAGACGUCAGACUAUCACUCGGAGUCGCCGUCGGAGAGCUCCUCGGAGGACGAGGGAUCAGCCCGGCCCCCCCCGGCACCGGCACCAGCCCCAAGCAGACCCGCCCUGCGGGAGCCCGGCAAACAGGCCGCCGAGUUGUUCUAUGUCCCGGCCCCCAUGUGGCUCCCCUGCACCACCCAGCACCUUGUCAGCUACAUCCCCACCUACCAGCCCCUCACCUUCUACUACGUCAGCGUCGGAGCAAAGCCCGCGCCGGCGAAGAGAUCCAACCCUGACCGGCUGCGGCGCCUCACCCACCGGGCUGCCAAGGCUUAGGGGCGGAGCAGGGAGAGGGGAGAGCCCCCAGCCCCUCUCCCUCCUGCCCCCACAUGCCUUCACCCCCCAGUGAUUUCCACCACGCUCUCAGGCUGAGACUGGGUGGAACUCAUCACAGCAAUACAAACAGCGCCACCUCGUGGCCACGCAACAAGCCAGGCUGGAAAGGGCUGGAAGUCGGGGAUGUCCUGCCCCCAUCCCCCCACCCAGCUGGUAUCUUAAGGGUUAACAGACUCUCUUCUCGUGCAGGGAGUGCGGCCCCAUGGCCGUGGGGCUGAGCCAGUUGAGACUUGGUGUCCUAGGGGACCGUCUGCACGGGCAAAGCACAUGGGCAAACUUGCUACGGAAGGGAAGACGGGCCUGGAAGCCAGGAUGCCUGGGUUCUAUCCCCAGUGCUGGGAGGAUAGUGGGGGUCUAGUGGUUAGAGUGGGUGGGGGGGCUGAGAGCCAGGACUCCUGGGUUCUCCCCCAGCUCUGGAAGGGGAAUGGAGUCUAGUGGUUAGAGCAGAGGGGGCUGGGGGCCAGGACUCCUGGGUUCCAUUGUCAGCUCUUCUGACCAGCUUCUGG